AUGGAGUCCAAGUCCGAAGUCGUGGACUACACCGAGACUCUGCGCCAAGUAUCCAACAGUUUGGAGAAUGCGCUCCGGACGUUUGGUGCGGAUUCGCACCAGUACAAGUCCAUCCUCUCCAUUCUUGAGGACUGCCUGCGGGGGAUUGAAAUCGCCUCGCAGAUGCAAGACCAGCCGGCCGCUGAUGCGGACGUGCUCAGUGCAGCAAUGGGAUUCCUGAUUAUUAGCGAGUGA